AGAAGCAAAUCUUUCCAAAUAUGAACCACCAGUUUCUAGAACAGUUGAAAACGAAGUAGUGAACAUAGCUGGGCAAUCAAGUUGCAGCUGAAUAUUUCAAUAGUCCGCCUCUACAAAUAGGGACUAGUUUGCCGACACAUCGUUCUACCUCGGAGUUGACCUAAUUCGUGAGGAGGCUCUUACAAUGGCGGAAGAUGACCGAUUGCUACAAACUUCCAUUUCCUGGCAUUUUAACAUUGGAUAACUAAUAAUAUAUUUUGGAAUAAUUUGAAUCUGAUUGGUUAUUUUAAUUGUAAAAUGUAAGAGAUUUAUUGUACUGCUUAAUACAUUCAUAGGUUGGUGCUUAAUAGGUUUGAUAACAUUUACAUGGGAUUUGAAAGAGGGUCGAAAUCCGCUAAGAUGAACAUCAUCCUCCCAUUAGUACAAGACUAGUGUUGGGUAAAUAGCCGGCUACUUUGAGUUAUUAUCGAUUAUAAUCCAUUAAUAGCCAUUAAUAGCCUACCAAUGGAUGAUAACCCUGCUAUUAAUGUAUAGUUAGAAAUAUAAAUGCUUUUUUUGUUUUAUUGUAAAAUCUGUGGGUGUAAACAUAAAUUGUGUGCCUGUACGCAGUGUGAUUCAACAUAUUGUUAUUCUUUUUAUUUAUUUUCACUAUUUGUAUACGAAAAAGUGUUAAUAAUAAAAUAAAUAGGUACACAUUUUUCACAUUCACGGGAAAUUCAGUUUUGUUAAUUUAGAGAUCCAAUACUAUAAAAAAUAUAAUUACUAUUGACACAUCGCUUUGUGAUUUAACCAUAUAUGUACCUAAUUAAUUAAUUUUACCUAUAAAAUAAUUUUAACCGAUACGUAAAAAUGUAAGGUACAUUAAGUAAGUUAGUUAUUAGCUACAUAUUUUGAGUCGAUAGUAGGUAACAUGCAUGCGCACUUCCGACGUUUGGCUCCUAAGUUGGAACGGACGGGGGCUGCACUUAAGCGGCUCCUGCCCAACCGCUGGGGGCCAAACGCCUCCUGCCCGAGGUUGUACGCGGGGAUCGUGCGGUCCAUGGCCCUCUACGGAGCCCCUGUGUGGGCGCCGAACCUGAUGCGGCGGCCAACUCGGGCGCUGCUCACGUCCCAGAGGGUCAUGGCCAUCCGGGUGAUUCGCGGAUAUCGCACGAUCUCCGGAGAGGAGGCUAACCUCCUUGCCGGACUACUGCCGUGGGAUUUGGAGGCGAAGGUGCUCGCGCGCGUGUUCAGUUUGCGCGCCGACGCGUGUCGCCGGGGCGAAACCCUGCUGCCGCGCCAGAUUAGUGCGUGGCGGGAUGAGCUCCGGCGCGAUCUCAUGGCAGAAUGGCAGCAACGACUGUGUCGCAACCGAGGGCUGGGCUCGCUGUCAUUGCAGCCAUAAGUCCCCUCUUUGAGGAGUGGCUUGAGAGGCACCACGGCGUCCUCACCUACCGCCUGACGCAGGUGCUUACCGGACAUGGGAGUUUCGGUAGGUUCCUGUUUCUGAUUGGGCGGGAGGAAACGCCCGGGUGUCAUCACUGUGAGGACCGCCCGGAGGACACAGUGGAGCAUACGGUGGCGGUUUGCCCUAGGUGGGCUGAGCACCGCCGUGUCCUCAGGGAUGUGGUCGGUGACGGUGACCUCAAGCGUCCGGCAUUGGUUCAGACCAUGGUGCGGAGCGAGGGGGACUGGGAUGCCGUCUCCUCCUUCGUCGGCGAGCAAGGGUAGCUCGCCGCCCGACCAGAACCAGACCCGUGCGUGCGGCGCAUCACGUUCCGCGCGCGCCUCAAAGAGCCAUCAGACCACCACAGAUGGGGCCCAGUAGGGGUGAUGCCUGAUCCGGAGUUGCGGACUACCUAGCGGGUUUACCGGAGCUCCGGUUCGAACUGCAGAUGUAGGAACGGGGUGGUUUUUUGUCAGUAAGAGUUUUACACUCCCUCUCGCCUCACCUAAGGCGAGAGAAGUCAUUGGAUGAUUUCCCCCCUCAAAAAAAAGGAGGUAACAUUCAUCCCCGCACCCCCGCACCGCAGGAAAAAUAACGUAGGUAUAUAUCACACAACUGGAAUUUGGAAAACAGACCGUCAAGUAUAGAUACGGAAAGUGAUUUCCACAUGGAUUCGGAACCUUUCUAUCCAACAUCAGAAAUCGAUGAAAUAUCCUGUGACUGUAAUGAACCUGGGGGCCUACUCCGGUUCUCGAAUCCGAAGUUUCGUUUAAUCUUCGGCCGUAGUUUUUAUUGGUUUACUGAUAGAAUUACUUGAAAUAACGUUUUAUUUUUAAUUUCAUAUCAAAACCUAUUAUUUAUUUUCAUUUCAUUCGUUCAUUUUAGUUCCCGAAAGUUCGCAAUAAAUAGAAUUGUAGUACGAAAUCUGCGAAGUUGCGGACGAAACUUCGCUUUUCGUUGAAUAAGAGUAGGCCUGCAACUGCAAGCCUACUUUUAAAUUGCACAUUUAUUUACUGUAAAGAAAUAUGAUGAAAAUGAAGUCUAAUCUGACAGUCCUAAGCCUGAAAACCAUGAAGGGAAAUUUUCAAUCACUAAAAUAACAUUAAUAGCAGGGUUAUCAGCCAAAAUUGGCUAUUAAUGGCUAUUAACUGCUUUUAAUCGAUUAUUAGCCAAAUGAUAUUAACCGGAUUAUUAUCAUUGCCCAUCACUAUACAAGAC